AUGAUAGAAACAUACAGCCAAACUUCUCCCCGAUCGGUGCCUACCGGACUUCCCAGCAGCAUGAAAAUUUUUAUGUAUUUACUUACUGUUUUUCUUAUCACCCAGAUGAUUGGGUCGGCGCUUUAUGCUGUGUAUCUUCAUAGAAGAUUGGAUAAGGUCGAAGAGGAAAUAAGCCUUCAUGAAGAUUUUGUAUUCAUAAAGAUGCUUCAGAGAUGCCAAAAAGGAGAAGGGCCCUUGUCCUUGCUGAACUGUGAGGGAAAGAGAAAGCAAUUUGAAGACCUUUUCAAGAGUAUAAUGUUAAACAAAGAAGAGAAAAAAGAAAACAGCUUUGAAAUGCAAAAAGGUGAUGAGGAUCCUCAGAUUGCAGCACAUGUUGUAAGUGAGGCCAACAAUAAAACAGCAUCUGCUCUACAGUGGGCCAAGAAAGGAUAUUAUACCAUGAAAAGCAACUUGGUAACGCUUGAAAAUGGGAACCAGCUGACCGUUAAAAGACAAGGACCCUAUUAUGUCUACACCCAGGUGACCUUCUGUUCUAAUCGGGAACCUUCGAGUCAAGGUCCAUUUAUAGUCAACCUCUGGCUGAAGCACAGCGGUGGAUCUGAGAGAAUCUUACUCAGGGCGGCAAAUACCCACAGUUCCUCCAAGCCUUGCGAGCAACAGUCCGUUCACUUGGGAGGAGUCUUUGAAUUACAAGCGGGUGCCUCUGUGUUUGUCAAUGUGACUGAUGCAAGCCAAGUGAUCCACAGAAUCGGCUUCACAUCUUUUGGCUUACUCAAACUCUGA